UACAGACCUUCCAAAAUGUCUGCUGCUGCUGGAGACAUCAGUUUGAGAGUCACUUACAGUCCAGCCAACCUUUCCAUGGAGUCUGAGCCCAGACGAGCGACAGUGGUGACACAGGGAGCAAACAUGGAGCAGCAGUUCAACAGACCAACAUGGAGCAGGCAGAUAGAGUUCACCCUGGCUGGCAUCGGCUGUGCUGUGGGUCUGGGCAACGUUUGGAGGUUCCCUUAUCUCUGCUUCAGGAGUGGAGGAGGUGCCUUUCUGGUGCCAUACCUGUUUAUGCUAGUGGUGUUGGGGAUCCCUCUGCUCUACAUGGAACUGACUGUGGGCCAGUAUACGAGGAGAGGGCCUGUCCAUGCUCUGGCUAAUGUCUGUCCACUGUUAAAAGGAGUGGGUAUGGCAUCAGUGGCUAUCUCUUUCAUCAUGUGCACCUACUACAAUGUCGUCAUCACAUGGGCCCUUUAUUAUCUCUUCAGCUCCUUCCAGGCACCGCUACCCUGGCAAAACUGCAACAACACCUGGAACACACCAAACUGUACCAACCAUGCCACCAACAGCAGCUACUCCUCCACAGCUAGCCAUGAGUUCUUCAAAUAUAAGAUGCUUGAGCAGACAAGUGGAGUAGAGGAAGCAGGAGUGAUCCGAUGGGAGCUUUUCCUUAUUCUUCUUCUGGCUUGGAUCCUCAUUUACCUUUGCAUCUUUAAGGGGGUGAAAUCAACAGGCAAGGUGGUGUACUUCACGGCUUUGUUCCCGUACGUUAUCCUGAUUUCCCUGCUGAUCAAUAAUACGCAGCUCCCUGGAGCAUUAGAUGGAAUAACCUUCUUCAUCGUGCCGGAAUGGGACAAGCUUCUCUCAGUGGAGGUGUGGGUGAAUGCUGCAGCUCAGAUCUUUAACUCCAUUGGGAUUGGUUUCGGCUCCCUCUUGGCCAUGUCCAGCUACAACUCCUUCAACAACAAUGUUCUGAAGGACACCCUGACUAUAUCUAUCAUCAACUCCCUUACCAGUAUCCUGGCAGGUUUUGUUAUUUUCUCUGCCUUUGGAUACAUGUCUCAUCUGCAGGGCAUUCCUGUCAGCGAUCUGGCGGUGGAUGGUCCAGGAUUGGUUUAUAUUGUUUACCCACAAGCCUUUGCCAACAUGCCAGCGGCUCAGUUCUGGGCUGUGAUGUUCUUCUUCAUGCUGCUUUGCCUUGGACUCGACAGUGAGUUUGCAAUGGUUGAAGUGCUGGUGACCAGUCUCAUGGAUGAAUUCUGUCAACAGCUGAUAAAAUUUUUCAAGUGGAAGGAGCUGUUUGUUCUUGCUGUUUGUGGCGCAGCUUGUCUUCUAGGAAUUCCUUGUGUCACGCAGGUGGGAAUCUAUGUUUUCCAGUUGAUGGACCAUUACACUGCCAUAGUGUCCAUCAUGUUUCUUGCAUUCUUUGAGGUUGUAGCUGUCUGUUGGUGCUAUGGAGUGACUCGACUUUCAGACAACCUAGAAGAGAUGACUGGAAAAAGAGCAAACAUCUUCUUCAGACUGUGUUGGCUAAUAGUUGCUCCUGUGCUGAUCACUGUUAUCCUGAUUUUCUCCAUCAUCCAGUUCAAGCCAGCCCGCUAUGAAGACUAUGUCUUCCCUCCCUGGGCUCAGGGGGUUGGCUGGGUCAUUGCCAUGGCCUCCAUCAUCUGGAUUCCUUUGGGUGCCGUCCACACAUUGUGGGUGCUCCCUGGCUCAUUCAUGCAGAAACUGAAGCUGUCCAUCACACCAUACAACCUGAAUGAAAUGUCAAAAAUGCCGUAUUAUGAGAGGGGAGGAAGAGACAGAUAUCCAGCCAUAGUUGUCAUCAGCUCCAACAUCCAUCUACCUGAAAAACCUCCUACUCAGACCAACUUCUAAUACCUCAGAUAAUCCUGAUAAUCAUGAUGUUCACCUAGCCACCAAGAGUGGCAGAGUUUUAAUAAGCUCAAGUUAAUCACAAGUUAUUGUUUGCCAUUAGUUUGAAAUCUUAAACAAAUGUCUGGUAAGAAAGUCACACAGAAGUAUACUAGAAGAAUUAUUUACAUUGUGAAUUGUAAAAAUGUGUUGCUGCAUAUCUGCCAUGCAGAUAUAUUAAAUUGGCCAUUUUUGUGAGCCUGUUAUAAUUUGAGAUUUUGUUGAACUUCUGUUAACAGUUUUGCUCAUUUUUAAUGUGAUAAGAUGUUGUGGAAAGACAGUGUUUAGAACAUGUUAUUGCUGUGUACAUUUUUAAUAUCUGGCCAACACUUCCCCUGUUGUGACAGAGCUCCAAAGGACAACGGAGCGGUGCUCAGGACUUCACACACAUUUCCCUGCUCUUAUUUGUGGUUUUUACUUAGCUAAGGGUGCCAUCUCUUGGCCAUGUCCGUUGAUGCAAUUAUGAGUGUUGAAGUAACGCCACUAUUUAACAUUCACAGUUCAUACAGCUGAACUUUUGUAUUGAACCAUUUCCCUUAAAAACAUAAACCAUUGUGGACCAAUUCAUUGUGGCUGACUUAUUUAUUAGGUCAAAUGCAACAGGGCACUGUUGAUAAAAAUGAUAUACACUGGUGGUUGACAGGAGUACAUGGGUCAUGCAACUCUAUGUCAUGUCAUGUAAGGUGUAAUAAAAACCUGUCACAAAGUC